AGCGCCAUGGGCGACGGGACCGGGGCCUGGGACGCGCUCGGCCGCGGUCCCGGCUUCUGGUACUGCCCCGCGCGGCUGGAGGCGUCCAGCGAGGAGGAGGAGGAGGAGGAAGAUGAGGAGUAUGAGGAGUUCCCGUGGUCGUGGUCGUUGUCGUGGCCCGGGGCCUUUCCCGGUGCGGUUCCCGUCGGUGUUCCCGGUGUGGUUCCCGGUGCGGUUCCCGGUGCUGACGGCGACCCCGGCGCCACCUUCUGCGGGCUCCGCAAAGCGUUUCUGGUGCAGGAGCCGCUGCGGCCGCCCCCGAGCGCGCUGGAGGCGAAGCUGCGCUGGCUCCCGGCCCCGCGGGAGCUCCGGCCCACGGCAGAGGAAGCGGAGCGGAACGCGCAGGAGCUGGUGGCGGAGGAGGAGCGGGUGAAGAGGAAGGCGGAGAAGAAGAAGCUGAAGAAGAAGAAGCAGAAAGAGAGGAAGAAACGGGAAAAGCUGCAACAGGAGUCCCAGGCCAAGCAGAAGACUGAGCCGAGCCCCCCAUCCCCGAGCAGCGCUGCAGCCCCCAGGCACCCCCAGGGCAGCGACGCUGAGGAGGAAGAGGGGGCUCGGACCCAGCCCACCCCCGGGGACAGCGCAGCCCCCCCGGGACAGGAGGCCCGGGCAGAGAUGGAGGAGGAGCUGGACCUGAGCUGCACCUUCGUGUUCAAAGCACGCCAGAAAGCGGGGGUGCGGCUCCCGGUGCCCAGCGGGGAGACCCCCCCCGGGCCGGGCCCUGAACGGGGCAGGAGGGCCCCGAGGAAGGUGAGGUGGGACCGGGGAUGGGGACCGGAGCAUGGGCAGGGGGGGGGCACUGCCUGCGAUGGGCACCCAGCGCUGCCUCCCCCAUAG